UCAGUCACAUAUUCAUUCUCGCCGUAGUAUUACUUCGUAUUCGAAGGUUGGUAAUCACUGCUCGAAAGUGCUAACAAGUACCAAUUGACAUGAAGGGCGAGUUAAUUAGCCAAGAACUACGUGGAAAAGUAACUGUCAAAAUCCAAGAUAUGUUACCUCACGCCAAAGAGACUGAAAAAUUUGCCCGCGCAAUAGAAAACCAAAUAUACGAAAGAUCGAGAACCAAAGAGGAGUAUUUUGAUUUGGUGGCCAGCAACAUAUGCUACAGGGAUAUAUCGCAGGACUGGCAAAGCCAUACCUUUCGCCAAAAUGUUGUUGACAAACUAAAAUCGGUUCUUCCCCCUAAAAAUGAACUCACAAAUAUCAUCCUGACGGAGAGUUAUAUAUUUUCCAAGGCUAGGAGUAAACACGAAUACCUAAGCAUGAUAUCAAAGGUUUAUAUGUACUUUGCCCAACAGCAAUAAUCUCGAACCAUUGAUUGUAUGUGGGUUGAAGGAAGCAAUCUGUGUUCAUAAUUGUUAAGCAAAACUAGUAAAGUCUUUUAGAGAAAUCUAUUCAUUUUUAUAUUUUUUUAAAUAAAUAAAGCUUUGAACUUA